CAACUGUCAUAAUAUGUUAUAUGAUUGAUUGUCACUCUUGGAUUUACCAGUUGUUAUCCAUUAUUAUUUUCGAUGAAAAAUUUGUCGGAUAUUCCAAAAACGAACACUUUGAAACUGCAAUUACAGUGUUGAUUUCAUAAUUUAAAAAUUUGACACAUUUAAUCAAAGAGUGAAAAAUAAACAAAAUGUCUGUUAAUAUUCCUGAGUGUCCACCAAGUUUAAAGUCAAUACAACAUUUCUUAAAAACGGCUGCGGAACACGAUACAAGGGAUCCUACGGUGGCGUAUUGGUGCAGACUUCAUGCACUGCAAGUUGGACUUAAAAUGACAACCAAGAAAACUCCUGAAGAAACUCAACUUCUUAUGGCCGUCAUGGAUUGGCUUGAACAAGCUAAGACUCUGUUUAAAGACAAUGAGGCAAUUUCAAAUGAAGUGGUGGCUCAAGCACACUUAGAAAACUAUGCUUUAAAACUAUUUUUGUUUGCUGAUAAACAGGAUCGAGAACAAAAUUAUGGAAAAAAUGUUGUUAAAGCAUUUUAUACAGCCGGAGUUAUAUAUGACGUAUUAACAACAUUUGGUGACCUCACCGAUGAAGCCGUACAAAACCGCAAAUAUGCUCGGUGGAAGGCUGCAUACAUUCACAACUGCUUGAAAACAGGAGAGACCCCAGUACCAGGUCCAAUGCAAUCUGAUAAUGAAAACCAAGAUAAUGAAACUGAGUCGACAGACCCUGGCCAGCCAGCUCCCUCAAAUACUGACAACUUUGGCUUUUCAACAAAUUCACCAGCAAUGCCUCCUAUGCCACCAAGCGUACCAACUAGUUUCAACAAUAGCCUUCCAGAUCCCAAUUUGGCUCUGAAAGCAGCUUCACAGUUACCGCCUGUGCCAUACACACCUGAUCCUAACCCUGGCGGGUUUGUACCAUAUGAUCCCUCUCAGCAACCGCAAACAGCUCUACUUUUUGGUGACAAUUCAAGUGUGGCUCAACUCAGCCCAGAUCAAAUAGCCAAAGCUCAGAAGUAUUGCAAGUGGGCCAGUAGUGCUCUAAACUACGAUGAUGUCAAGACAGCCAUUAGUAAUUUGAGGAAUGCUUUGGAACUGCUUCAAACUGGACGGGACCCUGCCUAAUGUUGCAUGUUCAAUAGAACAACAAUAGUUGAAUGGCUUCAACGCUUCAUUAUUACUGUUCAAUCAAAAGAUAUAUUUUUUUUAUAUAAAUCUGUAAAAGCUAUAGGCUUUUAUAAUAUAUUGUUAUGAGAUA